AGUGCAUUCAUGUUUCCUUUGAAGGCAUGGCUGUAACUUCAUGAUAGGUUAACAGGGUAAAAAAGCCGACCAGCACAUUCUGAGCGGAGGAGCCGAGGCAUAUCAGGAAAUCAUCAUCGCAUCGUUCUGGAAACACUGGGAACACUAACCUGAGCGUCAGCCCAACAUCAUGGACCUGCGAUUCAGCUCUCUUCUCCUGGUAAUGGGCCUGUUCAUGGGAAGCUCGGCUCUGACAGCUGAAGAAUGCGAACCCUUGGUGAAGGCUUUGCCACUGACUGACCUCUCAGUGAUGCACGGGAGGAUGAACUUAGUCAUGGGCUACAUUAAUAAUAAGGUAAUGGCCGCCAUACUGAAGACUACUGAGAGUUUCUGGUUGAACCUUACUGAAGGACCAUCAGGCCCCAGUGAGCAUGUCGUCCAUCAGAAGAACAAGAUGAAUGGAACUUGUGUGUCCACAACCGUCAGAGUAACCGUUGAAGAUGGUGCAGCAAAAAUGCAAAUGGGGAACCUCAGCAUCGUUUCCCAUGUACUGCCAUCCUCUGAGGAAACUACAGUCUUCAGCUUCAACUACACCGCCACAAACUUCAACAUGGUUCUUCAGGCGUUGAAUUUAAGCAGCCUUGUCAACGAGGAGAUGGAGGGUGUGAUCCAUGCUCAUGCUGUUUACCUGUUCGCCAAAGAGUCCACCGUGAAGGACUCAGACAUGGGACAGUUCAAGGAGCAGGCCAGCUGUCUGGGUUUCACAGGAGAACCAAACUUCCUCUACAACCCUGAGAACAGCUUCUGUGUUGACGGUGAGGGCAUCACUGUCAAAGCAGACUACUAAGCUGUAAAACUCAAUCUAUGGGAGUAAAUAAACAAAAUAGACCCAAAA